ACUACUAAGAGAAGCUAACGAUUUACCUGAAUCGUAUUAAAAGUUAUGAAAACAGCACAGCUCUGCUAAUCUCAACUUUCAUCUUCACCGCUUCUCUCUCCUCCACCCCUCUCCGUUUCUCUCUCCUCUUUCUGCCUCCCCCUCUAUUAAGUUGACUCUGCAGAAUUACACAAAAAGAUAUUGAUUUACAAGCAAGAGAUGUCGGGUUUGGGCGACGAAUUUAUCGUAGAAAGCUUCAAAGUUCCAUGGCUGAUUUGGAUCCAACUUAUUGUAAUGUUUCUUCUCAUCAUUCUACUCUUUUUUGGGUUCGGCGUCUUUACCUUAGAACCUUCCAGUUACCUCGCUGCUUCACCAUCGACUGCCGCCACGCCACCGCCUCAUCGCAGCAAUCCCAGUUCAUCCCAUACGAGAGCUAAGGCAGAAGUCCAGGGGACUAGGAGGGAUAGAGCAAGCAGUGCAGAAUUUACCAGAGAAGUCCAGAACGGGGAGGAGUCUUCUUCAAAGGAUUCUUCAUUUUCCAGAAUUCACAACCACCCUUGCAACUAUUUUGACAUAGCUAAACGAGCAGUUCUCAAGUGUUUAGGCUUGGAUUCUAGCUCCGAGCCCUCCAGGAGCGAUCAACAUGAAAAGCAAGAGUAAUGUAUGUUUUAUACUAUCUCUGUUUUACUUUUCAAAAACAAAGAUGCAUGCACACUAGCCUGUUAUAUCCAUAGGAAGAAAAUAUAAUCCUGGAUUCAUCAAUUAGCAUGAUUGAUAAAAUAAUCCAACUUAAUCAAGUGUUUGGUUUGCGUGAUUGGGCCCGUGAUGGAUAACUCGGCAUGCAUCUAAUCAUCCAAUUGAGUGAUUAUUUAUCACCCAAAGUUGGGUGGAUUAUUUAAUCACCCUUCAAUCUUAGCUAAUACAUUGAAUACGUGAAAAAUCAGUAUCCUUUGCCCUUUGUUUGAAUAUUAAGGGUUGGUUUUGUUAUUUUUCAGGCAUUCAUUUUUAGUGAUCAUCCAUAAUGAUGAUAAGAUAAACACACAGUUCAGUAGACCUUCCCCAUGAACUUGACUGUUUGAGGGUGAUUAGACGAUGUAUAUAGACACCAAGCUACGCAGCCUGAUUGCAUUCAACUGUAACUCGAUACGGUAAUGCUAAUGGGCUCCAAUUCUUUCACAUAAUUGAGCAGCUAAAGUCUUUGAUUUUGUUUUCUUGUGCUUUUUGGUGUUCCUUUUGUAGCUAUAGAUAACUACUCCUUUCUUUUAUAUCUUCAGCUUUCUUGAAUCCCUGCCUCUUCUAAAUAUGGUGGGGUGGCUGUGUAGGGAUGCACGUAGCAGUUACAUCACAUGCUUGAUGCUAAAUGUAAAGAACAAUUUGAACAUAUUUUGAUGUUAGCCUAACAGCUAUAAAAUGUCAAUUCUUUGUGAUUU